AGUGCGAAAUUGAUGUCAAAUAUGUUAAGGCAGUUUUUAUCCAUUAACCAAACUUUCUUGGUUUUGGUAUUGGGGUUUUUCGUGGUAGUUUUGAUCCCUUGGCAUUUAACAAUUUUUGGAGUUAACACAGUUUUUGCCCAACUAUGUGGCACCAUGUAAAGUCGAGCCUCGCCAUUGAAAAGGACGAAUUGUUUCAUGACCUAGUGGAUGAUUUGAGUAGAUCGGGCCCCAGUGCGCGACUUUCGUUUGCCAUCAGGAACCGAAUAGAGUGGUUCUCCCUGGAGACUCGAAGGGAGAUUGUAAAUCGCAGAAAAUUCAAUUGCUCGCCACUGUUUCUCGCCUGCCAAAAGGGGCAGCCCGAAAUCGUCGAGUAUCUAAUAACGGCUUGUGGGGCUGACAUUGAACAGGAGGGCACCUAUGAGGUUCUGGACGAUCGUUCCGUUCAUAUAGUUACCCCUUUAUGGUGCGCUUCAGUGUCCGGCCAUCUGAAUGUUCUACAGAUUCUCGUGAAACAUGGUGCGAACGUGAAUGCUGUGUCGGAUAGUGGAUCUACUCCAAUUAGAUCGGCCUGCUUUAUGACCCAUAUCGAAGUGGUGAAGUUUCUAGUGAAACACGGAGCUGAAAUUAACAAAGCGAACUAUAACGGGGGCACGUGCUUAAUCAAUUCGGUGCAGAGUGCCAAGUUGUGCCUGUUCCUGCUAGAGAAUGGGGCCAAUGUCAAAGCGAAGGACAACCAGAACAAGACCGCCCUUCACUAUGCCAUUCAGGAGCAUAGGCUGGAAACUGCUAAGAUGCUCAUCGCUUUUGGAGCCGACUUAAACGCAAAAUCCAAACAUGGGGAUGACGCCCUGCAACUGACGUGCCUUAAGGGCGCUGGAGAUAUCUUCGAGUACCUUAUCGAAAACGUGGCAUAUCCACCGGAAAAAAUCGCAAACGCUCACGAGUUGAUGGGCAGCACCUUCUUUGAUGAGCACAACGACGUCUCCUAUUGUCUGCACCACUGGAAGCGGGCAUUGGAGAUUAGAAACCAGCAUGGUCUACUACCUAAGCAACCAGCCAUGCCUCCCCUAUCCUGUUAUCGAUUUGAAAAAGAGUUCGAAAAACAAGCGGAGCUAAUGGAAAUGGAUUUAGACAGGCUGCGAAUACAGAGCCUUCUAAUCGUAGAACGAGUCCUAGGAACCCAACAUAAAGACACGAUAUUUCGGCUGAUGUUUCGAGGCGCUGCCUUUGCAGAUGUGUUGCGGUAUCAGCGAUGUGCAGACUUGUGGCGGCGGGCUCUUGAGUUGCGCAUCCAAAAAGACACAGUUAUUUGCACGGAUACCUGCUUUUGUGCCCAAGCACUGGUUAAACAUCUGCUGGACUUCAACAAUCGCUCAGUCCUCAUGAAAAUUGACAAUAUGGAGCAAAGGUUUCAAGAUAUCGUCCAAGCCUUCAAGCUAUUGGUGGAGAAUAGUGUGGAGGUGCGUCCGCUUCUGCUUAUCCGGCCGCAGCACAAAAAACAGCUGGAUUAUUACUCGAAAGUCAUCAAGUGCAUCGCUCAUCUAAUCCACCUCAUGAUUGAAACUGCUAAAACGGAUGCGAAUCAGGUAAUAGUUAGAAAGUUGGUGCGCGAGCUAAUCAAAGACAACAUCAGGUGCUUCUUAUCGGGCGAGUCGCUACUGCACUUAUGCGUGUCCAAGCUGAACACUGUGACAUCCAGCUAUUUCCGGGAUGAUGAUCCCAUAAUGGUAUUUCCAAGCAACAGCGUGGUUAAAUUGAUGUUACAGUGCGGCGCACCGGUUAAUGCAAGAAGCGAUAACGGACUGACGCCUUUGCACAUCGCCUCCAUGCCCUACAACUACUGCCCGAAAAUGCUAAGCAUUUUGCUGAAAUUUGACGCUCAUCUUGAUCAGCCUGAUCGCAAGGGCUGCACUGCGCUGCAGAUUUUGUUGAGCAACAAGUACGAUUUCGGCCAGAUUUGUCUGCUGGACUACAUGAGUCUUCGGUGUCUGUGUGCUAGUCGGAUUGUCCAAAGCAAAAUAGCCUACGUAGGGCAAAUACCUAGAAGUUUAGAGUCAGUUGUUCGCCAACAUGAUCCAGAAUUCAAACCAGUCGAAAUGUGAAAUGAAAAACAAAACCUGUAUCUAAUCAGUUCAGGGUGCGUAAAAUUUUCUGAUAGAGUUUUCAGUUAAUUGUUUACUAGAGUGCAACGCGUUCCAUGUAUCUGCAAUAUACACACGUGUGGAAGUUUUGUCUGUGAUAAUCUGGAAAUUAAAUCAGUUUCAAUUUG